UAGACUCCCUGCUGGUUUUUACUGCAGUUUCGAGGAUGGCUUCUGUGGCUGGUCCCAAGGCACACUCUCGCCCCACAUGCCCCGGUGGCAGGUCAGGACCCUAAAGGAGGCCCCGCUCCAGGACCAGCAAGACCACGCCUUGUUGCUCAACACCAGUGGGGUCCCCACGGCUGCAAGCGCCACAGUGACCAGCCCGACGUUUCCCGCGCCGAUGAAGAACUCUCCGUGUGAGCUCCGAAUGGCCUGGCUCAUCCGUGGCGCCUUGCGGGGAAACGUCUCCCUGGUGCUGGUGGAGAACAAAACCGGGAGUGAGCAGAGCAGGGUGGUCUGGCACGUGGCCGCCGCCGAAGGCUUGAGCCUGUGGCAGUGGACAGUGCUGCCUCUCCUCGACGUCGCCGACAGGUUCUGGCUGCAGUUUGUCGCUUGGUGGGGGCAAGGAUCCAGAGCCACCGUGGCUUUCAACAACAUCUCCAUCAGCCUGGACUGCUACCUCACCAUCAGUGGGGAGGACAAGAUGCUGCAGAAUACAGCGCCCAAGUCAAGGAACCUGUUUGAGAGAAACCCGAACAAGGAGACGAAACUCUGGGAAAACACACCGAGGGAGACCCCCAUCUUUGACCCUACAGUUCACUGGCUGUUCACCACCUGCGGGGCCAGUGGGCCCCACGGCCCCACGCAGGCCCAGUGCAACAACGCCUACCGGAACACCAACCUGAGCGUGGUGGUGGGCAGCGAGGGCCCACUGAAGGGCAUCCAGACCUGGAAGGUGCCAGCCACCGACACCUACAGCAUCUCCAGCUACGGAGCCGCCGGCGGGAAAGGCGGGAGGAACUCCAUGACACGGUCCCACGGCGUGUCCGUGCUGGGCAUCUUCAACCUGGAGAAGGGCGACACGCUGUACAUCCUGGUGGGACAGCAGGGGGAAGACGCCUGCCCCAGCACAAACCAAAUAAUCCAGAAAGUCUGCAUUGGAGAGAACAACGUGAUCGAAGAAGAAAUCCGAGUGAACAGGAGCGUGCACGAGUGGGCAGGAGGGGGUGGAGGAGGGGGCGGAGCCACCUACGUAUUCCAGGUGAGGGCGCUGGGGGCCCUGGAGUGGAAGCCCAGCUCGGUGUGCCAACCUCUGAACGUCUGUCUCUCCGGGCAGAUGAAGGACGGUGUGCCGGUGCCCCUGAUCAUUGCGGCUGGCGGUGGCGGCAGGGCCUACGGGGCCAAGACGGACACGUUCCACCCCGAGAGACUAGAGAAUAACUCCUCGGUUCUGGGACUCAACGGCUACUCCGGAGCCGCAGGUGGUGGAGGUGGCUGGAAUGAUAACACUUCCUUGCUCUGGUCUGGAAAGUCUUUGCUGGAGGGUGCCACCGGAGGACAUUCCUGCCCCCAGGCCAUGAAGAAGUGGGGGUGGGAGACCAGAGGGGGUUUCGGAGGGGGUGGAGGGGGGUGCUCCUCAGGUGGAGGAGGCGGAGGAUAUAUAGGUAAAGAUGAUUUGUGUUCAAGGUGUCGCUCCCCUCCCCUCUUAGUCCUAGGCACCUCCCCUCCCCGUCCUCGCCUGCCCUCCCCUGGCCGCCCCCGCCCCCGUGUGGACUGUGAUGUGACCGUGCACGCCUUCCGCCCAGCCCGGGGACCAGCCGGAGGCAGGGUGUUCGCUCGAGGGCCAGCAUCCUGCCUCCAGGCUUCACCAGCAACAGCAUCAAGAUCCCGCGUGGUUCUUGAUCGCCCCGGAGUCGAUGACACAGGGGCUUGGGCUUCUCAGACUGUUCUCCGAGCUGCCCCUAAGGUGUGCUGGCUCGAGAACCUCAGAGGCCAGGCCUCUCAGCCACGUGCUUCCCUUGGGAUGGCCUGGCCCACGUCCCUGCCAAGCCAGCUCCCUAAGGGCCUGGUGUGUGGCUUCCAGCCUCCAGGACUCCUCCCCUUCCUUUCCCUGCCCCAGCCCACCAGCUUCAGAACGCCACUCACCAUGCUGAUGGGCGCUGCUCCCGAGGGCAACCACAGGCAGCCCAGCCCAGCCCAGCCCAGCCCUUCAGCAAGCAUCUGGUCCCUGGCCUCUGGCGGCAACGCAGCCUCGAACAAUGACCCUGAGAUGGACGGGGAGGACGGGGUGUCCUUCAUCAGUCCCCUGGGCAUCCUGUACACCCCGGCUUUGAAAGUGAUGGAAGGCCACGGGGAAGUGAACAUUAAGCAUUACCUGAACUGCAGCCACUGUGAGGUGGACGAGUGCCACGUGGACCCCGAGAGCCACAAGGUCAUCUGCUUCUGUGAGCACGGGACGGUGCUGGCUGAGGACGGUGUGUCUUGCAUUGUGUCGCCCACCCCAGAGCCCCACCUGCCGCUCUCGCUGGUCCUCUCCAUUGUGACCUCGGCACUCGUGGCCGCCCUCGUCCUGGCGUUCUCUGGCAUCAUGAUCGUGUACCGCCGGAAGCACCAGGAGCUGCAAGCAAUGCAGAUGGAGCUGCAGAGCCCCGAGUACAAGCUGAGCAAGCUCCGCACCUCGACCAUCAUGACGGACUACAACCCCAACUACUGCUUUGCCGGCAAGACCUCCUCCAUCAGCGACCUGAAGGAGGUGCCUCGGAAAAACAUCACCCUCCUUCGGGGUCUGGGCCAUGGUGCGUUUGGGGAGGUGUAUGAAGGUCAGGUGUCUGGGAUGCCCAGUGACCCGAGCCCCCUGCAAGUGGCUGUGAAGACGCUGCCUGAGGUGUGCUCCGAGCAGGACGAGCUGGAUUUCCUCAUGGAGGCCCUGAUCAUCAGCAAAUUCAAUCACCAGAACAUCGUGCGCUGUAUCGGAGUGAGCCUUCAAGCCCUGCCCCGGUUUAUCCUGCUGGAGCUCAUGGCAGGAGGGGACCUCAAGUCGUUCCUCCGGGAGACCCGCCCCCGCCCGAACCAGCCCUCCUCCCUGGCCAUGCUGGACCUUCUGCACGUGGCUCGGGACAUUGCCUGUGGCUGCCAGUACUUAGAGGAAAACCACUUCAUCCACCGGGACAUCGCUGCCAGGAACUGCCUCUUAACCUGCCCCGGCCCUGGAAGAGUGGCCAAGAUCGGAGACUUCGGGAUGGCCCGAGACAUCUACAGAGCGAGCUACUACCGGAAGGGGGGCUGUGCCAUGCUGCCCGUGAAGUGGAUGCCGCCAGAGGCCUUCAUGGAAGGAAUAUUUACAUCCAAGACAGAUACCUGGUCCUUUGGAGUGCUGCUGUGGGAAAUAUUCUCUCUUGGAUACAUGCCGUACCCUAGCAAAAGCAACCAGGAAGUUCUGGAGUUCGUCACCAGCGGAGGACGGAUGGACCCACCUAAGAACUGCCCUGGGCCUGUAUACAGGAUAAUGACCCAGUGCUGGCAACAUCAGCCUGAAGACAGGCCCCACUUCGCCAUCAUUUUGGAGAGGAUCGAAUACUGCACUCAGGAUCCAGAUGUGAUCAACACCGCCCUGCCCAUAGAAUAUGGCCCACUCGUGGAAGAAGAGGAGAAAGUGCCCAUGAGGCCCAAAGACCCCGAGGGAAUCCCUCCUCUCCUCGUGGCUCCUCCCCCAGCUAAAGGGGAGGAUGGGCAGGAGCCCGCCGCCCCACCGCCUCUGCCUUCCACGUCCACACGCAAAGCCGAGAAGAAGCCCACAGCGGCAGAAGCCUCCGUUCGAGUCACUCGGGGGCCGGCUCCGGGAGGGGGACACGUGAACAUGGCAUUCUCGCAGUCCAACGCGCCGCCGGAGCUGCACAGAGUCCAGAGAUCCAGAAACAAGCCGACCAGCCUGUGGAACCCAACCUACGGCUCGUGGUUUGCAGAGAAGCCUGCGAAGAAGAACCACGCUCCCGCAACGAAAGACGAGCCCGCGAGGGGGCACCCGGGACAACAGGGCAGCCACGUGGCGCCCCCACAGGCUGCGGCUGUGGCCGGCAGGGGCCCGGCUGCCGCCCUGCUCCUGGAGCCCUCCUCGCUGAGCGCAGGCUUGAAGGACGUGCCCCUGUUCAGGCUGCGCCACUUCCCCUGUGGAAACGUCAACUACGGCUACCAGCAGCAGGGCUGGCCCCUGGAGGCCGCCGCUGCCCCUGGAGCCAGUCACCAUGGGGACGCGGUUCUCAAGAACCCACCUGGGCCCUGAGCCCACGAGCACUCGCGCACUCGUUUCUUUUUCUUGGGAACCCUGAGCCCACUGCGGGGGCACAGGCCAUGAAUAGCUCCUCCCCAAACCAGACACCAAAUGUCACUUUUCAUUUUGUGCCAACUUGUUUUGAAGUGCCACAUAAAAAAAAAGAAAAGUUGUAUUCUCAAAAUGUUUUCCAAAGGUUUUGAGCAUGGGUUCACCCUAUUCUUUCAAAAGAAGAAAGUACCGUCGAGACGAGUGAGAAACGCAAGGCCGGGAUUUGGCUGUGCGGGGUUGGCGUCCCUGCCAGCCUGCACGCCACCUGCAGGCUGUGUGCGCGCCCCGCUCCCACGCAGUCAGAAUCAGCUGCUCGCGUGUCUCACACGUGGAGUCACGGGCGCUUCCUUGCCUGACCCACGUGGACCUGGACCACGUGAGGGGAGAGGGAGCGGAAAGAGAGGAGUCAUCCGUAAGGAAUCGGCACGGGAAGAGACGUCCUUUACUCGGAAAACUCAUAGAACUGAAACGUCACGCGUUAGAUGACAUUUAGACGCUUACGGUUGUGCCCAUCCACCGACGAUCGUAGAAAUGUGAAUAGUGACAGUAGCAUAGAGAUACGUGUGUGUCAUCUAAAUGAAGCCCAGACAUGCGAGGUGCUUUGAGUGUGAUAAAGCCCCAGCACGGACCCAGAGGUUCUAAAGCAUCCUAUUAAUAUAUACCUCAUGCCUUAAGAAAACUCCCCGUCCAAAAGUGAACAUCUGAGUGUGAGGUUUCCUAGUGGAUUGAAAACUGAAGAUUUAAAUUCAUUGGUGAUUUUAAAACUUUCCACUAAUUAAAAUAAGCCGAUCAUUUAAGAAUAGAAAUUUGAAGCGGCAGCGACAUAUCGAAGCAUAGAAACAUACCCCUUUGUGGGCAUAAUGUCAGCCCAUCUUAGGCCAAAACCUUCUCACAAUUUCAGUCAUGAAAGCCAACAGACCAAAGUCUCUCCUUGCAGCGACAGGGGGUCCCUGGAGCAGCAGGCCCUGGGUGGUCCUGCAGAGGGUGCUCCUGCCUGCCCUUCCUCCCAGCGUUUGCCGUCUGUCUGCCCCUAACCACAUGAGCCCAGCACACAUGGAGCAGAACACACGUUUGCUGGAAUAUACAGGACACAAGUUGUGCUGCUAUCGAGUACAGAUUAAAACCAAGAAUUUUUCCUCUGGGGGGCAAUGAGUAAAGGAACUAAGGGACAUUUGGAAUGCUGAGGUCGACCGUGACAUGUUCUGAA